AGACAUAUACGAGAAGAAAGAAAAAGCUCCGGCCGAUUUUUCAGCCGUAUUCGCAGGCAUGCGCUGUCUUAAGACUAAAGCAGUGGCGUCUCGUGCCGCGCGCCUGGACCGAAAUUGACGUGUUGUACGCGAUUGCACCGAAAUUCGCUGUCAAUUUGUGUCGCCGGCGCCGAGUGUGUUCUAUUGUUCGUGGGAGAGUGCAGGUGCAAGUUUGCUCUGGUGGAGAUACAAAAAUUCUGGCCAAAUAUGGAAACGGUGAGAGCAGCGGAAUAACUCGCAUCUGUCAGCAUCUUGCGGACUGGUGUGGAGGCGCGUGCGCCGGGGGCGGCCUCGCGGCAAGCAGAGGCGACGACGGCGGCGGAGGCGGCUGCGGCGGCCGGGGGCCAGAGCGGGCCAGGCCUCCGCCUCGGAUGGCAGCAGGAUGAACGCGAGCGCGUGCGAGGCGCUGCGGGAGGCCGUGGUGUGGCAGGGGGCGGCCGUGCUGGCGCCGCUCGCCGUGCUCGCCGUCGUCGACGUGAUGGUCGUGCUGGGCAACUGUCUUGUCAUCGCCGCCGUCUACAUCAGCUCCAAGCUACGCACCGUCACCAACCUGUUCAUCGUGUCCCUCGCCGUCGCCGACCUGCUCGUCGGACUCGCCGUCCUCCCCUUCAGCUCGGCCCUCGAGGUCUUCAAGGUUUGGCUCUUUGGGGACACGUGGUGCGCCAUCUGGCUGGCGGUGGACGUGUGGAUGUGCACAGCAUCCAUCCUGAACUUGUGUGCCAUCUCGCUGGACCGAUACCUGGCAGUGACGCGACCGGUCUCGUACCCCACGCUGAUGAGCCCCGGCAGGGCCAAGCUGCUAAUCGCUGGCGUGUGGGUGCUUUCAUUCGUCAUCUGCUUCCCUCCGCUUGUCGGCUGGAAAGACCAGAAGGCCGAUGCCUUCUUCGGUAACGCGGCCGCCGUCAACACGACGGUCCACGACACUGACACGGUGCGUUGUCCGUGGGUGUGCGAGCUGACCAACCACCCCGGCUACGUUGUUUACUCGGCCCUGGGGUCUUUCUACCUGCCGAUGCUUGUUAUGCUCUUUUUCUACUGGCGCAUCUAUAGGGCCGCCGUGCAGACGACAAGAGCGAUCAAUCAGGGCUUCCGGACGACAAAGACGCACCGCUUCGACGAGCAGCGGCUGACGCUGCGAAUCCACCGGGGGCGGUCGUCCCUUCACUCCAAGGGAGGCGGCGGGGGCGGAGGGGGCUCACCCGCGGGGCCGCGUCGCCUCGAGCGCUGCAACACGCAGGACAAGAUCCAGAUCAGCGUGAGCGUGCCGCCCCCGGAGGCGGCCACCUCCUACGCUGUGCAUUACACCGCCAACGGUGAGGGCACGGCCGGCCUCCUCGGGGUCGCCCAGCCCGCCACCGGGCCGCAGCUGUCGCCGUCGUCCUGCGAUUCUGAGGACAACCAGCAGCGGCCCCGCUUUGUCUCAAAAAUGGGCAAACGAAACAUCAAAGCGCAGGUGAAGCGCUUUCGGAUGGAGACGAAGGCAGCAAAGACGCUGGGCAUCAUCGUGGGCGUCUUUAUUCUGUGUUGGCUGCCCUUCUUCACGAUGUACGUGGUGCGCGCGUUCUGCGACGAGUGCAUCCAUCCGCUGGUCUUCUCGAUCCUCUUCUGGCUCGGCUACUGCAACUCUGCCAUCAACCCGUGCAUCUACGCGCUCUUCAGCAAGGACUUCCGGUUCGCGUUCAAACGCAUCAUCUGCCGCUGCCUGUGCAACAAGAAGCCGGUUCGGCAGUUCACGCGCAAUCCCAACAAUAGACGCAAGCUGGGAACGCGGCGCAAGAUGACGGCGACCGGCGUGCCACCCGGCUUGCCGCACGACGAGAGCGACGCCAACUGCUCCGACUCGCGGUGACGACGACACAGUUCCGCCGGCAACAACGACGCCGACGCCAGCGGAUCCUCGCACAACAAUUGAGCUCUCCGGGAUUAAGACAAAAAUGCCAUUGACUGAGCGGCAGUUUCGAGCCUUUGUCAAAAGUGUUUUCUAACAUUAACCCAUGGAUUACAUGAAAAUGUUGACUGGCUGUUUUUGGAAUUAAGUUGUUCUGAUGAUUCUCAGAUAUAAGUGCAACAAAAUGGAAAUCUUUAAAAAGGCGAGUGUCUGGUCUUCAUUAAACAAAUUAACAGAUGGAGGGGGCUGUGAUUGAUAAGUGAACUUUGUUGAACUUUGCAAUCUACUUAUAGCUACUGCUCUUUUUCGCGGCUGUUUAUUUUUUAUUCAGUAGCCAUUCAGGAACUAAUAAUUGUGUCACCAAAAUUUUAAAUGCCAAAAUAGCCAUAAAAACUAUUUGGAUAUUUACAUGGCUUGAUGAUAACGUUAUUGAUUUUAAUUCCUCUCAACAACGUUGAGGGGCUUUUGAGACACGCUUUUAUUUAAGUGAAGAUUUGUAUAGUAUUUUGAAUUUUAAAGGCAGAAACGUCGGACAGCAAACAAACUUAGCUAUCUAUGAUUUUUUUUGCUAGUUUCGGUAACGUUUAAAUGUAUUUUUAUAAAUUUAAUAAAAUCAUUCCAAUUUCAAUUAAGCAUCAGCAGCAGGAAAAUGCACGCAGGUGACAAAAGAGACUUAUCCAUUACAUGAUAAAAUAAUGUAGUUCUGAAAUUUCACUUUUUGAGGUCACGUACACCGUAAAGAUGCAACUCAUUCUAAAUGCCCUUUUGACCCUGUAUCUUGUAUCUGAGACUCAAAAAAAGAACGAUUUAGAAACUUAAAAUACGUUUUGAUGCUGUUACUACACUAGUGAUUUUCAAAGAUUUAAAAAGUGCUUGAAGAAUCUCGACGAGGAAAAUAAUUCAGUGGUAUAUCUCCUUUUGUGGUGAAAACCCCUGCCCGCUUGCCUCCCCGACACAGAUUUCAUCUCCUAAGCUAAAUGUUGAGCUUUGUUCCGUGACUGUUGCAAACAAUUCUACGCAACUGGUAUCAUCAGUGUUUUGGAAAUGCAGAUGGACUUCUUAUGACACUAAAACGUGCGUUGCUAACAUUCCAUUGACACCUUUUUUGGACUUUGAUAAAAAAAAAAAACCAAUUUGAUUCAUAUGAGACGCAAUUACCCGUGAUCAAAAUGGUCUUUGUUUUUAUUUUUAUAAUAUAAUUUUUACUCUAUUCUGUCCUCAUGAAAUUUGUAGUCGUCUCUUGAGUGGAGCAUUAUGCCAGGUCUAAAAUAUUCAAAUAUAGUCAGUUUACUAAACAGACUUUAGUCAGGGUAGUGACUCAUUGCAAAAAAUGUGGUGCGUUAUCUUUGCUUUGAUUCAAAAUUUCUAGGUUCCUGCAUUUCUUUAAGUGGCCAAUUGAAGAGGUUAGGAAAUGUGAUAUUUAGAGAAGAUUUUCUGGUAUCUUGGCACUUCAAAACGUUUUCAAGAAAAGUUUUCAAUAAUACAAAAACUAUGACUAAUCAAAUAUUGUGACCAAAAUCUAAAGUAAUGUCUGCUGAUUUACUUUAAAAAAUUAAUUAUUUAAAUAUUUGCUUUGGAAAAAAUUGAUCUGCCAAUAUUCAUGAAAAUCUGAAGGCGACUCUCAACUAGAAAUUUCUCCCAAUUGCUCCAUUUCAACCUAAACCUUUCUUGACGCUUUCUGAAAACAGUUUCUCAGGUGCAACAUAACCAUAAUCAUCAAAUUCGUGCUGUUUAAACCAAAUACUUGAAUGGUAUUUAUUAUGAUUGCGUUGAAUGAUUUUAAACAAAAUGGCCCAAAAGGAAACUGUUUGGUUGGAAUUUGCAAGUAAAAGAAUUGUGAUACGAACCCCUGCUUCGCGUUAAUUUUUCACCCAAUUCCCUAUUUAUCAAACUGUGUGAUAUAUUUUUCAGUUUUCUACCGCAGUGUUUUUUAAUUAGGGAAACGCUUGCUUAGUUAAUGACUAGGCGGAAUUUUCAACACAAAAAAUACAAGCUAGCUGCUUUUCCGCUGAUCUCAUGAUUACACAAUUUUGUCUCGCCGACGAGGGUUGCAAUUAUUCAAUUUAGGGUUGGGGUGCCAGGCGAGCAAUUAUCUCGCAGAAAAAUUGGUUUUUCCCGCACGGCGCCAAGGGAAAAUAUAAUUUGCUUCUCUCUCCUUUGAGGUCGAAUGUUGUAAGUCGCCGUGCCGUUUUACAGCGAAAGAGGGAGAGAUUGGGAGAAGUUGGAAUGAGUGAGAUUAGCCGCUCGCACAUUAAAACAGCCUCUUUUUCUCGCUCUCUCACUCAAGCUGUUGCUUUUUUCCCUGCGAAAACACUUUCAGCCCCGGCGUGCUGAGUGCGCAGAGGAAAAGAGCAAAGAAAGGCGCGCGUGCAAGCCAAAUUAACGAAAUAAAUCUCAGCUGGUGUGUAUCUGCGGCAUUAAUCUAACGCGACACGAGAGAAAUAUUUUAUUAAAGCAAGCGGCUGCGUUUCCGCUGGUUGAUUUGCUGAUAAAUGAGCGAAAGCCGCCGUCGUUCGCCUGCAAUGUUUUAUUAAAAAAGUUUCCGCGAGUUUUCCUUCGGCAAAUUGGCUUUAUUUCACGACAGCACUUUUGACAACACAAAAAGCGGCCAGGAUUUGCGAUUCGGCCUUCUCUCUGCCUCUCUCAACGCAGACUGGUUGAGUGGACCAGUUUCGCGAGUUGCUUACAUUCCAGCGGUACUUAAUUUUUUGCCUUUUCCCUCCCACAUUGUUAAAUUAGGGUACUUGCAACUCCAACAAGAGGUUUUUCUGGCGGACGAGAACAUUAUUUUCUAUUCGCAAGAAUGCAGGGAAUCAAAAUAUUUUAUUUUUCGACUGUUAGUCAGCCAGGGUGAAAUUUAACUCUUUUUACUUUGUAGACUGACGUGUAAGUGUUAAAAUUUAUGUGUGUAUUUUCGUCGAAAGAAAAUAAAAAGCGUCGCUCGCGGGAAAGGAAAGCGUUUAGUGCAAGUGAGAUUAAGAGAUUUAAGAGAAGGAAGAGAGGUGUUUUCGAUGUAUAACAAAAGAGGAAAUCUCAAAAGCUUUCUUGUUGAAUUUCAAUCCAUGUUUUAUAAUACGUAUUCCAUAUUAAGUUUCAGAAGAGUUUAUGGUACUCGCGCAUUGAUGUGCUGUAUAGAACACGCAGAAACCUACCCCACACACGAGAUGUAUUUUAAAAUUCUGGGUAACUUUCUUGGAUGGAAAUAUGCUUAUACGAUGCCAUAUAAUUAUGUGUUUCAAUUUCGACUAAAAAAAGAGGAGUAAUGUGUUUGGUGUAUAUUCAUUGCUGUGGGUGUCAUUCAUUUGAAUCCUAGGAGCGGAAAUUAAAUCUUAAACGUUCCUAGCUGUUUUUUGCUUUCAUUUGGAAAAAAAUAGGAAAGAGACUAUCUGUACAAGAAAAAAUAAAUAAAACGCAGACUGGACGAAUUAAAGGAGUCUCGUUAAAAGAUAAUUUUGUGGAGGACGCAUCUCUCUAGAUGUUCCCCAAUGCAAAAUCAGCAGAAAAUCUUCAGUGUUAGAGAAAAUCAAACCACCGGAUCGCUUGGUUGACUGUUAAGACUGAUUCAAAAAUAUAUACAUGUGCAGAGAUGGCGAAUGAGAUGGAAAACCAUGUCCAAUAAAGAAUCAAAAUAACUCACAUAAAA